AUGGCAGACCAAGAGUCUCAAGUGGCCGUGGUUGCCGCCGCCGACGCCAUCACUCCCGACAUGGACACGCAGCCCGCAACAUCUGAGACCGCCGUCGUCGCCGCGCCCACGACAGGCAAGAAGGUUGUCAAGAAGAUUGUCCGCAAAAAGAGGAAGCCAGCGCGCGUGCAGAUCGACCCCUCGCUCAUCACGUCGGAGCCACCCCCCCAGACCGGUACCAUCUUCAACAUUUGGUACAACAAGUGGUCCGGCGGCGACCACGACGGCAACGCGCAGACCAAGGCCAAGGGACGCUGCAACAUUGCCACCGACGCCGGCUACACAAAGGCCGAUAGCCUCACCGGCAGCUUCUUUUGCGUCAGCUUUGCGCGCGGCGUUUGUGCCAAGGGCGUCGACUGCGACUACCUGCACCGCUUGCCGGGCGUGUUUGACAUUUUCGGGCCCAAUGUAGACUGCUUCGGGCGCGACAAGUUUUCCGACUACCGCGACGACAUGGGUGGCGUAGGCAGCUUUAUGCGCGUCAACAGGACGAUAUAUAUCGGUCGGAUACACGUGACGGAUGAUAUCGAGGAGAUUGUGGCUCGCCACUUUGCGGAAUGGGGCCAGAUCGAGCGCGUCCGUGUAUUAAACUCGCGGGGUGUCGCUUUUGUCACAUACUCAAACGAGGCGAAUGCGCAGUUCGCCAAAGAAGCCAUGGCGCACCAGUCGCUCGACCACGACGAGAUCAUCAAUGUCCGCUGGGCGACGCCCGACCCGAACCCGAUGGCCAAGGCCCGCGAGGCGCGCCGCAUCGAGGAGCAGGCCGCCGAGGCCAUCCGCCGCGCCCUGGGGGGCGAAUUUGUCGCCGAGAUUGAGGGCAAAGACCCCGAGGCGCGCAAGCGCCGCAAGAUUGAGAGCAGCUACGGCCUCGAGGGCUACGAGGCGCCCGACGAGGUACACUUUGCGCGCGGCGCCCAUGCGGUGAACCCGCGCGGGCGAGAGGGAUUCGAGCUCGAGGACCAGCAGCGGCUGAUGAUUGAGAGUGGGGAGGCGUUUGCGGAAGACGAGGCGCAAGGGCAGCAGCAGACACAGCAAGAGGAGCAGAGCGGAGGAAUCUUCUCUGGAAGCACAUUGGCAGCGCUGAAUCGAGCCAAGAUCUCGGUACCAUCAUCGAACCCGAAAACAUCGGCGGCGGGGCCACUUGUAUCAUAUGGGAGUGACAGCGAUGACGAUGAAUAA